CAGCCCAAUGCAGUUGUAAUGCGUAUUUCAGCCAGUGAUUUGGACGAUGGCAACAACAGUAUUAUCGAGUACGAAAUUCUUCAUGAACGCGAUCACAGCUACUUCAAAAUCGAUAAAGCGGCCGGUAUUGUAUCUCUAACACGGCCCAUCGAUAAGAAGCCGGGUCAGUAUUACACCAUAACAGUUAGGGCUUACAACAUAGUGCCAGAUCCACCUCAGGAUGCCCAAAUUGAGGUGCGCAUACGUGUUGUCGAAUCAUCGAAGAAACCACCACAGUUCAUAGAACUCGGCGAUGAUGUGAUCUAUCUGAAGGAGAACUUUAAUGAUUAUUCCACGCCUAUAGUCACCCUCAAGGCGGUGUCGAAUGUGCCCAACAAGCCGGAGGUGAUAUUCGAGUUGAUCACCGGUAGAACGGAGCAAACGAAUAGCAAGAAGACGUUUGUCUUCAAUCAAAUCGAUAACACUGUGUCCAUUAGUUUGGGCAAAUCGUUGGACUAUGAAUCGGUUACCGAUUACACGCUGACAAUGAGUGCCCGCAAUACCUUUGAUUUGGUGGCCGAGCAUGUGCUAAAGAUACGUGUUGAAGAUGUCAAUGACAAUAUACCCUAUUUUACGGAGGUCAAGGCGGGCACCAUUUUGGAGAAUGAACCUGCCGGCACACCGGUUAUGCAGGUGCGUGCCUUCGACAUGGAUGGUACUGAGGCCAAUAACAUUGUCUCCUUCGAAUUGGCCGAUAAUGGGGACAUUUUUUCCAUUGACCCACAGACGGGUAACAUUACCGCACUGACCACCUUUGAUCGUGAGGAACGUGAUUUUUACAAUGUCAAGGUUAUAGCCAGUGACAAUUCACCCUCUAGUCUGAUUAAGAAUGGCGAACCCAACCGAGGCCAGCAAGUUUUCCGCAUUGAGAUAGCCGAUAAGAAUGACCACAAGCCCCAUUUCCAAAUGCCCGAAUAUGUGGCCGAUAAAUUGCCCGAAGAUGCCAACAUAAAUUUCAUUGUCAUUGAAGUCACCGCCGUAGAUGAGGAUAAUGCCUCUCAAAUCAAAUACACCAUUGAGAGCGGCAAUGUCGGCAAUGCCUUUAAGAUAGAAGAGCAGACGGGCAAAAUUACGGUCAACUCUCGUUUGGAUUAUGAAAACAUCACCGAGUACAUGCUGAAGAUUAGGGCUUUUGAUGGCAUUUUCGAUGACUAUGCCACAGUUAUCAUUAAAAUCGAAGAUGUCAACGAUAAUCCACCACUCUUCAAGGAGAACUAUUCCAUUACCAUAAGGGAGGAGCAAAUAUUCGAGAAUUGUAUUUUGAACGUUGAAGCCUAUGAUCCCGACAUCAAGGAUCGCAAUGCCGACCAACACAUAAAAUACUUUGUGGUAAAGGAUGAUCAUAAGAAAAUGCUGAGCAUUGAUGACAAUGGCUGCCUGAAGCUUAUACAGCCCUUAGAUCGUGAUCUGCCCCAUGGCCAUAAGUCGUGGCAGGUUCUUAUUGCCGCGGUGGAUGAGGAUGGCACCGGCCUUAAGUCUGUGGCCCCCGUUACCAUAAAUCUUCAGGACAUCAAUGACAAUGCCCCCUUUUUGAUCAACAAAAUGCCAGUGGUAUGGCAAGAGAAUCGCAAUCCCGGCCAAGUGGUGCAGUUGCAGGCUAACGAUUACGAUGAGCCCCAAAAUGGACCACCCUACACCUAUGGCAUUGAUUCGGAGGCCUCCGAGGACAUCAAGAAUAAGUUCAGCAUUGACAAUGACUAUCUGUUUGCCAAUGUGCAGUUUGAUCGGGAACAGCAGAAGGAGUACUUCAUACCCAUACGCAUAAGUGAUUCGGGCCAGCCCAAGAUGAGCCAAGUGAGCAUUUUGCAUUUGAUUAUAGGCGAUGUCAAUGACAAUGCCAUGUCGGAGGGUUCAUCGCGCAUAACCUUCUAUAAUUAUAAGGGAGAGGCGCCCGACACCGAGAUUGGCAGGGUGUUCGUAGACGAUUUGGAUGAUUGGGAUUUGGAUGACAAGCAAUUCCAAUGGGCCCAGGGCAUACCACACGAUCAUUUCCGUUUGAAUCCCAGUUCGGGUAUGAUUACCUAUUUGGAAGGUACCCCCGAGGGCACCUAUGAGCUGCAAUUUACUGUAACGGAGGAGUCUGCCUUUAUACCACGCCAUUCGGUGGAUGCUGAUGUCACUGUAACUGUGCGCGAACUACCCGAAGAAGCAGUGGACAAAAGUGGCAGCAUUCGCUUUUAUAAUCUGACCAAAGAAGAUUUUAUCAGUGUACCACGAUAUGCCCAGGGUGAUGCUGUCCUAUCUUUGAAGGAUCGCCUGCAAUUCUAUUUGGCUAGACUGUUCAAUACCUCAGUGGAGAAUGUGGAUGUUUUUACGGUCUUGCAAAAUGCCAACAAUAGCUUGGAUGUGCGCUACUCGGCCCAUGGCUCCCCCUAUUAUGCCCCAGAGAAAUUGAAUGGCAUUGUGGCCCAGCAUCAAAUGGAACUGGAGAAUGAAUUGGAUGUGCAAAUUCUAAUGGUCAACAUCGAUGAGUGCCUGAUUGAGAAAUACAAGUGCGAGAAUUCCUGCACCAAUACCCUGCACAAGUCAGCGGUUCCCUAUAUGAUCUACUCGAAUACUACCUCAUUUGUGGGCGUCAAUGCCUUCAUAGAAGCCCAGUGCGUGUGCGAGGUCAAGACUCGUCCCUACUGUUUGAAUGGUGGCACUCCCAAAGUGGGCGAGGAUGAUGCGUGCGAUUGCAUAGAUGGUUUUACGGGACCCCAUUGCGAACUGGUGUCGGUGGGUUUCUAUGGCAAUGGCUAUGCCUUUUAUGAACCCAUAGCAGCAUGUGAUAAUACCAGAAUCAGCUUGGAAAUAGCACCGCAGACAGAUCAUGGUUUGAUCAUGUACUUGGGACCCAUCAACUACAACCACCUAUUGCCUUUGUCGGACUUUUUGGCUUUGGAAUUGGUCAAAGGUUUCCCAGUGCUGACGGUGGACUAUGGAUCGGGCACCAUACGCAUCGAUCAUCGCCAUAUACAAUUGCAGGCAGGCAAGUCUUACCAAUUGGAUAUUGUGCUGCAAAAGUCCAGCAUAGAAAUGACUGUGGACAAUUGUCGUCUGUCGACUUGCAUGAGUUUGGGGGCACCCCAAGGUCCCAAUGAGUUCUUGAAUGUUAAUUCACCCCUGCAGUUGGGUGGCACUCCGGUGGAUUUGGUCAAUCUGGGCCACCAACUGAACUGGACCUAUGUGCCGGGUCAGCAAGGCUUCUUUGGUUGCAUUAAAAACUUGACCAUAAAUGAGCACACGUACAAUUUGGGUUCGCCAGCGAUAUCACGCAAUGUGGACUCGGGCUGCCAAAGGGCAGUAGCGGUAGCGGUGAGUUUGGGCAUCAAUCGCAAUUUCCUAAUAGCCAUUAUAUCGUGCAUAUUGUUGCUGCUGAUUAUACUGCUGGCGGUGGUGGUGCAGAAGAAGCAAAAGAAUGGUUGGCAUGAAAAGGAUAUCGAUGAUAUACGAGAGACCAUCAUCAAUUACGAAGAUGAGGGAGGCGGCGAACGUGAUACCGACUAUGAUCUCAAUGUGUUGCGCACCACGCAACCCUAUUAUGGGGAGACCCUAUACAAAGAUCCCCAUACGCUACAUGCAAUGCCGCCCAAUCCCCAGGAAAUACCCGACAUUGGUGGUUUCCUGGGUGAUAAGAAGGAGAAUUGCGACCGCGAGAUAACCUCCUUCCCCAUCGAUGAUGUACGACACUAUGCCUAUGAGGGUGAUGGCAAUUCGGAUGGCUCGCUCUCAAGUUUGGCCUCCUGCACUGAUGAUGGUGAUCUCAAUUUCGAUUAUCUAUCGAACUUUGGCCCGCGCUUCCGCAAAUUGGCGGACAUGUAUGGUGAGGAGCCCUCGGAUACGGACUCCAAUGUGGAUGAUGAUCAAGGAUGGCGUAUCUAAGCAGAAGCAUUGUCUAAUGAUUUAAGCAUAAUAAUAACUAGGAAGAAUAAGAGAGAACGAUAACGAAACGAAACGAAACGAGUAAUGUAAAGAAAUGAAAAGACAAAACACACCACCACCAGUUAGAUAGAAAUUCAAUAGCGAUGGACAGACAGACAGCCAGACAGCUAAUUAAAAUUGAUUGAUCUUCCAACAAAAUCCAAAACAGAUAGCGAAAACAAAAACAAAAAGAAACAAAAAUUAAACGAGGUACUCAUUCUGUAUAGUCAUAUAUGGCCAGCUUCAAAUUAGGGGACAGACAGACAGACAUAUCCACAAGAAAGUACAGAGAGCAUUGUAAUUUAAAUUUAUUUUCCACAAAAAGACUUAUUUGGAGUGGGAGCUUUGCUCCAUAUACCUCUU